AUGACUCGUGACUACCCCGGUGGUCUUCGCGGUCAGGGCCAACCUGCUGCGACUUCGGAAUUUCAUAUGGACUCUGAACGCGCUGUCAAUCCCCAAGGAUCAUCCGGACGUGUUCAUCAGAACCGGUGCCAGCUUGUCCAGAGUCCCCUCACCGCUCAGCAGUUAUUCUAUCGCAUUAAACAAGCGAUCCUUAGCACCGGCGGCCCCGGUUAUCUCGAAUACGAGUCUAUUCUUCCUGAUACCGGUUACGAAGUCGCAAGGAUGCUCGCCCUUGACGGUGACGUUGAACGAGAGUCCCCUAGAAUAUCAUACAAUCCAAGCACUCGCAUUCUUUCCGUGACCAUGCCCACUCGAUUCCACAACUGUCAUUUGAAUUGGGCUCACCUGGAGAUGUCUGCAUCAUUGCACCUGCAUGGCUUCUUUGCAUGGAACGAGUUCAUACAGCUAGAGUUUGGCUCAAAUUCUGGUUUUCAUAGUUUCCCAUUUCCCUGGCAGAACAUCUGCAAGGAACCAGAUUGCUAUAUUACGCCAAGAGGAGCUGCGUUCCCGACGAUUGUCUUCGAAGCUGGGUACUGGAAAUUGUAUCCGCAACUUCUUGCCGACAAAGACCUGUGGUUCAAUGGGACCACCAUGGUCAACGCUGUCGUUCUGGUGAAGUGGUCCAAAAUAUCUAACGAUAGUGUUAAAGGCUUUGUCGAACUUUGA